UGGAAUUUGGAUAAUUGCAAAAAUUUGUUAAAAUAGCAAAUAAAUAAAAUAAUUACUGGCGUUUCUUGUGUCAAUUUAAAUUACGUUCGUUGCAAAAUGGCGCGUGCAGCUUUGUGCAUGGUCGUCGCUUGCAUUUUGUUGCAAUGCGUUUACUCUGCCAAGUUCGAUGCAGAGAAUCGACGAUUGAUCGUCGAUAUCAAUGAUCAAAAGACAACGAAUCAACAAUAUUACUCCUCUAACUUUGACACAAGAGCCGGUAAAUAUAAUGCUAAUAGCGGAGGUUAUAGGGGUGUUAACGAAGGAAAAUACUAUCAUGAUGAUUCUGGUAAAUAUGUGCAUGUUGAAGGCCCCACUGGUCCACCAGCUCCACCAUAUGUGCACGUAGUAGGACCUGAGGGCGGCUUCGGCGGCAAUGGCGAUGGCGGCGGUACCGGAGGAUUCGGUCCCAACGGUCCUGGCGGACCAAACGGACCCGGCGGACCAGGCGGACCAGGCGGACCAAAGGGACCCAAGGGACCACCCGGCCCACCCGGACCACCAGGACCACCCGGACCUAACGGACCCGAUCGUCCAGGACCUAAGGGACCAUUCGGCCCAACCGGACCACCCGGACCACCUGGACCCACACGUCCGGGCCCACCAGGACCUCCCGGACCACCCGGCCCACGUCCACCAUACAAGCCAGAUGAUCCCAGAUACUCGAACAAGGACCCCGAGGGCUACCUGCCGCCAGUUAACAAGGGUAAAAUCGUACCACAACCACCAUCCUACGCACAAGUCAUUCAGCCGACUCCUAAGCCAACUUUCAAGCCAAAUUACGAACAUAACGAUAAUUUUGUGAUUAAGAAAGUGCCAACCACUAAAGUACCACUAACCUAUAUUCCUCCUUCUUCCCCAAAAACCGUUCCUAUCCACGUUCCUGCGAAUCCCACACCACAACUACCAAUCAAAACGAUUCCCACGACACAGCCAAAGGUCCCGGCUAUCACUAUUAAUACGGAAAGACCAGUAAAAGGCAUUACAAAAGUACCAACGGGUAAUAUAAUUAAACCUAAGACACCCGCACCUACACCAGCACCCACACCAUACAAACCAAUCCCAACACAACCGCCACACUUUGUCAACACUUACAAUCCAAAGCCAAUUGUACCGAUCGAACCAAUACGACCCACGAUCAGUGUACCGGCAUACAAGCCAUCGACACCCAGGCCAUUUGAGCCAGCACCGACAAACAGACCAACUGCCCGACCACCCAUUUACAAUGAACCGAAGACGACGCCAAUCGUCAACAAGAAUGUAACUCCACAUCCCUCUCCACCAUUCCAUGUGCCGUCGUAUCCACCAAGCAGCGAAACCUGCGUUUGUAAUGCCGAUAAGCCGCACUCUUCAAAACCAACCUAUACCUCCUCCUCAUCCUAUCCCAACUCGAACCCGGCCUCGGUCGACUUUAACAAACAAUUCACCGGCUUCAAUGGAAACCCGAAUUUCGGCAGCAUAAUGAACGCCAUGUCACUAACCCAACUGCCCGUCGUGCCACAGGCACCUGGCCUGCCGGCCUUCUAUCCACCCGACAAGAUUCCAAAGGGUGCUGUGAUCGCCUUCAUGCCCGUGGUCAUACUGCCACAGGAGUAUUACGCCAAUUGUGAUGAUAAUGCCAUUCGCACACCAAGCAAAUAUCAAACUGUUGAUCCCUUCCCACUGGGUGUCCAGCCAGCCACGAUACCGAACAGCUUCAGUGUGCACUCAAUUUUCUCGGGCGCCGGACCGAAGGAUCAGUGCAUGUGUCCAUGCUCCUGCACCCAGAAUCUGGAUAAAUAUCACAAGAAACGCGAGACUAAUGCUGCAGAUGCGCCCGAGGUGACAGCAACUGUUGAGGAGCCUGCCAAGGCAGUGGAACCUAUUGCUGAAGCUUCCUCGCCUGUCGAAGUUAAGGCUGAGGCACCCGUUGCCGCUGCUGCCACACCUGUGGAAGCAAAGGUUGAGGCACCAGUUGCCGAGGCUUCCUCGGAUGUCGAAGUCAAGGUUAAGGCACCCGUUGCUGAAGCUUCCACACCAGCUGAAGUCAAGGUUGAGGCACCAAUUGCCGAAGCUUCCACACCCGUAGAAGUGAAGGUUGAGGCCCCAGUUGCAGAAGCAACCACACCAGUAGAAGUCAAGGUUGAGGCACCCGUUGCUGCAGCUGAGAAGAGCAUAGCAACUGCUACUAUAACCAAGGUGGAGCCCGUGGCAGAGUCGGCAACGAACUAGACACAAUACAAUUGACGCCUGGACGUCUACGAAACUACCCUAAAAUUAUCCCAGCUCCCGCUCCCAGCACCGCCUGCAACCCCUGCACUACUACUCCCUCAAUCCGCAGCACCUCAACUAAUCCUAAUUUGCCAGUUAACCAGCUUAGUCUAAGUGUUUUUAUUAACGAGGUAAUACUCUCAGCCAGCAAAGGUUCAACAAAAAAUAUAAGAAAACAAAAAAAAAGAAUAGAAAAAUGAGAAGGAAUCAAGUGCCCAUUGAAUGUGUUCGUUUAUUUUGCUUAAAGAAAUUAAUUUUUUUGCUUUUGUUGUAAUCGAAAUGCACUCUAAGCUUCCUGUCAGCUAUCAGCCUCGGCUAAAUCUUUUUCUUAUUUGCUUACCGCUUUUACAUCUUGAUAUGUGGCAGUGGCGAAAAUAG